AUGUCAGAUUCCAACACCACCCUCUUCACCAACCCCUCCACCUUCAUCCUGCAGGGCAUCCCUGGCCUGGAGGGGGCCCACGUCUGGAUCGCCAUCCCCUUCUGCAUCAUCUACGCCAUCGCCCUCUUGGGGAACUUCACCAUCCUCUUCAUCGUGAAGACGGAGCCGAGCCUCCACGAGCCCAUGUACUAUUUCCUCUGCAUGCUGGCCGUCACCGAUCUGGUCCUCUCCACGUCCACGGUGCCCAAAAUGCUGAGCAUCUUCUGGUUCAAUGCCCGGGAGAUCGAUUUCAGUGCCUGCCUCACCCAGAUGUUCUUCAUUCACUGCUUCUCUGCGAUGGAGUCUGGCACCCUCAUGGCCAUGGCGUUGGAUCGCUACGUGGCCAUCUGCCACCCCCUGAGACAUUCCACCAUCCUGACCAAGCCGGUGGUGGCCAAGAUGGGCCUGGCCGUGGCGCUGCGCAGCGGUGUGCUCGCCCUGCCCUACCCCUUCCUGGUGAGGCGGUGGCCGUACUGCAGGACCAACAUCAUCCCCCACUCCUUCUGCGACCACAUCGCCGUGGUGACGCUGGCCUGCGCCGACGUCCGCGUCAGCAGCUACUACGGCCUCUUCGUGCUGUUCUCCGCUAUCGGCCUGGACGCGCUGCUAAUCCUCCUGUCCUACGCCCAGAUCCUCAGGGCCAUCUUCCGCCUGCCCACCAAGGACGCCCGGCUCAAGACCUUCGGGACCUGCGGCUCCCACCUCUGCGCCAUCUCCACCUUUUACAUCCCGGAAUUCUUCUCCUCCCUCACGCACCGCUUCGGCCACGUGCCCCUGCACCUCCUCAUUCUCAUUGGCAACGUCUACCUCCUGAUGCCCCCCAUGCUGCACCCCAUCAUCUACGGGGUGCGGACCCGGCAGAUCCGGGACAGGCUGCUGCGGUUUCUCCUGGCGCCCGGGCUCUCAGCCCCAGCUCCAUGCUGA